GUGUGGCAUGUGUCUUGAGUAUCCCUCACACUGCAAGGAUGUUGUUUCGAAAAAGGUGCAAAACCCAAGUUCGAACUUUAUAUAUAGUCUGUUUAAUUUUGCAAUUUCCUAUUCUGGCUUUUGCAACGGAUUUUUAUUGACGUUCACUUAUUGGUUCAUCGAUGGUCUGAGUGGUAGUGCAGUGAUGAUGGGGUUGACAACUGCUGGCCGCGCGGUAGUAAAUAUACUCAUUGAUAUUGUACUAGUUAAAGUCAUUGGAUUUACAGGACAUCAAAUAGUAGUGAACAUUGUUCUUGUAUGUCAUAUCAUAACAUUUGUUAUCUAUUGGUCUAUGAAGUGGCCGUUUCUUGUUAUAUUGGCAGAAAUAUUUCAUGCAACAGCACACAUAACAAUCAUUCAAACAUGUGCUUCAUUUUUGUCGAAAAAUACUCCAACUGGAUCCAGUCCCAAGAUGCAAGCAAUCCUACAAGGAGUGUACUGGGGACUGGGAACAGGAUGUGGCUCAAUAUUCGGUGGAUAUUAUCUUGAAUAUUCUGGAUUCAAGAAAACAUUUUUGGUGUUUGCAGUGAUCACUAGCAUGGUGUGCAUCGUUUUCCUCUUCUUGCAGAUUUUACUAUUUCUCAUCAAACCAGAAGUUACGGUAGACGAUAUGUGGUCAGUCUGGUCUAGUAACAGUAAUUACACAAGCGAAUACGAAGGUUCCUCUGAAGAAUCUGACGAUUAUUAA